UAAUCAAUUUCCUCGGAUAAUGUGCGCCUGAUGGUCCACAGUUGUGGGGAAAAGGUCGUCAAAGCAGAGUUCACAUUUCAAGAUGGCGGCCUCCAUGGGAGAGAAACUAACUUGCAGAGAUUUGCACAGCUAUUUGCAGACGCUACCUUCAUUCGUUCUAGAUAAACUAUACAACCACCCAGCAACUUGUUUGGCUGUAUUCAGGGAGCUGCCAACACUUGCUAAGCAUUAUGUCAACAGGGUUUUAUUUGUUGAGCAACCGGUUCGUAAAGCAUCAGUCGAAUCAUGGGUCCAGAAGGCCCAUCUUGAAAAACACAAAAAAUGUGCACAGAUUUUGUCCGACUUGAGGAUUUGGCACGACAAUACCCUUCCAGGAGGUCUCCCAGGAUGGCAACUCAACCCAAUCUUCAAAGCCAAUCUACGGAUUGCUCUACUAGGAGGUGGAAAGCCAUGGUCAGGCACUGGGAAGACUGCACCAGACAAGAAUGCUAAAGACAUCGAUAGCCUUAACAGAUAUGCAAUGGAUCGGUGGGAGCUGGUGCUUCACUUUCUGGUCGGGUCAAAGGGUGAUGAAAGUCUAUCCCCCGACAUAGCUGGCGUUCUCACACAUUCAGGACUCAUGAAAAUAAGUGAGGAUGGUCAGCCUGUAAUAACACCGUCUGGUUUCCAGUUCCUCCUCCUAGACACUGCAUCCCAGGUGUGGUUCUUUAUGCUACAGUACUUGGAGACAGCUGAGUCUAGAGUUCUGGAUCUAGUUGAUGCCCUUUCGUUCCUGUUCCGUCUUAGCUUUUCAACUCUUGGCAAGGAUUAUUCAUGUGAAGACAUGACUGAGUCACAACUACAAUUCUUACAACAUCUCAGGGAGCUUGGUCUUGUGUUUCAACGAAAGAGGAAGUGCAUGCGUUUCUACCCAACAAGUCUAGCAAUCAGCUUAGCAUCAGGUAUAUCAAGUGUUAGUACAGACAGUCACAGGGAAGGCUUCAUCGUUGUGGAGACCAACUACAGAGUGUAUGCUUACACAGAGUCAGAUCUCCAGGUGGAAAUACUUGGCCUCUUUACUCAAAUGCUAUACAGAUUUCCUAAUUUAGCUGUCGGUGCCCUGACAAGAGACAGUGUUCAAGCAGCAGUCAGUAACGGCAUCACAGCGGAGCAGAUACUUCACUACCUUAGAACGCAUGCGCAUCCUGAAAUGCUCUCAAGGAUACCAAUAGUUCCAGCCACUAUCAGCGAUCAGAUACGACUCUGGGAAUUGGAAAAAGACAGACUCACAUUCCAAUCAGGGGUGGUCUACAAUCAAUUCCUAUCGUCACAAGAAUUUGAGGUUCUCAGAGAUUAUGCAAAGGAUCUUGGUGUACUAAUGUGGGAGAACCCAGGCAAGAGGACACUUGUGGUGACCCCCACGGGCCACGAUGAUGUCAAAAAAUUCUGGCGACGACAAAAGAAGGGACAACAGUCCUAAGAGACGACUCUUUUUUUUGUACUUAAGAAAUAUUUAUUUAUAUAUUUUCUACUUGUUGAGAUGUUACUUUUGAUACAAGGUAAAGAGGUCAUGUUUUUGUACACAGCUAUGGCUAAUUGACUACAAUUCUAUGUUGUGGACCGUGUUUACAGUGACUGUCAAAAUUUGUUGGAUCAGACAUUGAUUCAAUGCACAAGCAGCAUCAUAUUUGAGUGAAUUUACGCAUCCCCUAGUGUUGGGUAUCACCACGGCCCAAUUUCAUUAAGCCGUCAAGCAGACAACUCUACUGAUCAAAUCUUCUAAGCAAGAAAUGGGUGGGGCACCAGUCACAGCAAUGGAAACUUUAUGGUAUUCUGGUUGGUAACCUGUUUUUGCUAAGCAAAAUUUGUUCCUCCUCACAGGCUUCAAGAAAUUGGGCCCAGAGCUGUUUCCUAUCUUGAUUUUAGCAAGGUGGUUAUUUUUGAGUCUCAAAUUUUUGUUUACAACCGGUUCCCUACUGCGUUCAGGAAUGCAUUUAGGCCAUAAAAACAGCGAAUAGAUAAAUGUGUAGAGUAAGCCUUAUUGAGACGCAUCAGUCAGGAUAAAACGGCAAUAGUUUUUUUUUGUUCCUGGCAAUAAUCUUAGCCCUUCAGAAAAUCUUGGGGCUGUCAAGAUUUGAUAUAAACUCAACACGACUGACCUGUAGCCGCUCAAAAAUAAUAAAGUGAGAGAUUUGUAUCUACCAAAAACAAAGUGUUUGUAUCUACUUAAUUUUUGUUGCUAACCUCAAAUUUUC